AUGGGCAUGCAGAUGAACUCCAUGAACAGCCUGAACAACGUAAACAUGGGCAUGGGCACGGGCACCAACGGCGUGAUGAUGCCUCUGCCGCCUCCGCCUCGCCCGCCCAACGCUCGUCCGGGUACAGCCCACCUUCCACCGCAGCCCCCCGCACUUGGUGACAUGCUCCCGCCUUCGCGCCCGACGAUUGCCGCCAGUUUAAGUGUUGGAAGCCCAACAGCGCCCUUUGUACGACUACCACAGAUGUCUAUGGGCCCAGGCGGUUCACCUCGCCGCCGCACAAACAGCGGCGGGUUUGGUACGGGCCCUGACGCGACGAUGGGCAUGGGUCCCAUGGGUGGCAUCGGAGUGGGUCCUAAUGGCGGGAUGAACUCUGUUGGAGGCGUAGGCGGCAUGAUGAGCGGAAUGGGAGGCCCAGCAUCCAUCGGCGGUAUGCCUGGCGCCAUAAGCCAGAUGCCAAGUCCCCGCGUCCCCGAUCCCAUGGUUGCCGCCGCUGCAGCCGUAACGUCGCCUAUGGUGCCGAAACGAGAGCAGUCGGAAUCGUUGCCUCCGCCUUCGCGUGCGGGCAAACCGGCUGCUCUGCCGGCACCUGUACCGCCCAAACCAGCCAAGACCGAAGCGACGGUCCACGGUACGACCCUCGAACGCGCCACGACGCGCGUGAGCUACGUCAAGCCCGACGACUUCACCGCUAUGAGCGAGGACGAAGUCGCAGAAGUCAAGGGUUGGAUGGAGGCCGAUAAAGGCCGAUAA